AUGUCUGGCAACGCUGCCUGCAGGAUGGAGCCGGAGGAUCCGGCCCCCUCCGGGCCCCCUGAGGACCCCCCUGGGCUUUACGUGAAGAAGCGAGUGGAGCGGCUAGAGGAGAGCUUGCGCCUGAGGGGGACGGACCCGGUGACCAAUGCUGACCUGGAGCAAGCCAUCCGCUGGAGCUGUCGGGGGUUGGGCACCACGCGCGUGGAAGAGAUGGAGCUGAGGCGGAGGAACCAAAUGCUGGAGCAGGCCCUGCGCCUGGAGACCGGGGAGCGAGAGCGGGAGUCGCUGGAGAACAAGAGCCUGGCCCAGCAGAACAUCGAGCUGCGGUGCCGCCUGGAGGAGGAGCAGGCCGCCUACAAACGCAAGCUCCAGGCCUACCAGGAGGGCCAGCAGCGGCAGGCGCAGCUCGUGCAGAAGCUGCAGGCGAAGGUUCUCCAGUACAAGAAGAAGUGCGGGGAGGUGGAACAGCAGCUGCUGGAGAAAUCAACCGAGCUGGAGCAGCAGAGACUCACGAGCCGGCUGGACAUGACGGACUCGCGCCUGCGCCAGGACGAAGAGCACAGCAACGACCUGGAGAACGCGCUCAUUCGGCUGGAGGAGGAGCAGCAAAGGAGCGCCAGCCUGGCCCAGGUCAACGCCAUGCUGCGGGAGCAGCUGGACCAGGCCAACACCGCCAACCAGGCCCUCAGCGAGGACAUCCGGAAGCUGACGACCGACUGGACCAAAGCUCGCAACGAGCUGGAGCAGCGGGAGGUGGAGUGGAGGCGAGAGGAGGAGUCUUUCAACACCUACUUCAGCAACGAGCACAGCCGGCUGCUGACCCUCUGGAGACAGGUGGUGGGCUUCCGGCGCCACUUCAGUGAGAUGAAGACCAUGAGCGAGAGGGACCUGUCGGAGCUGAACAACGCACUGUCCAGGUCCAGCCGCACCAUCCACGCCGCCUGCCUGAACCUGAGCAGCAACCUGCGUCUGUCGGAGAGCAGCGCCGGCGCGGCCCUGGAGAAGCAGGCUCUCCUGCUGGCCCAGCUGGAGGAGCAGCUGAAGGACAAGGUGCGCGACAUGAUCCAGCUGCAGGUCAGGUGCGACAUGGAGAAAGCGGAGCUCGGCACCAGAAUCGCUGAGACGACGGCCACCAUGGAACGCUUGAAAGCCCAGAACUCGGAGAAGGAGAAGACGAUCGAGACGCUGACCCAGAAGCUGGAAACUCUGGAGGCCGCGCGGGCGCAGGAGCAGGCAGCGCUGGAGGCCGAGGAGAUCGAGGCCUUGCGGACGGAGUCGGAGAUGCUCCAGCAGACGCUGCGAGACCUUGCUCAGGCCGUCCUGUCCGACGCCGACAGCGCCAUCCACCUCACGGGCACGGAGCGAACGACGGACGUUUCGGACAGCGACGCCACGGGAUUCAGCCUCCGGGGCCUCUCCUCCAGCCUUCGCACCCCGUCCCCGCUCCGGCGCUCCUCCCCCCGGCGCAGCUCCUCGCCCCGGCGCAGCCUCUCGCCGGCCUUCUCCGACUCCACGCUGGCCGUGGUGCACUCCGCCUUGCAGAAGAGGCAAAUGCAGGUGCAGGACAUCCGCAGCAAGUACGAAGCCAUCCAGGAGCUGGUGGGCUCCCUGAAGAAGCAGCUGGCGGAGAGAGAUCACGAACGCCGCUCCCUGGAGCAGAAGAUCCUGCAGCUGAAGGAUGACGUCGACUGCUCCUUGCGGGCCAAGGACGCCGCCGUGCGGGAUGCCAGCCGCUUCCGCUCCUCGGCUGACCUGCUGGGCAGUGAGAAGAGCAACCUGGAGCGAAGCCUGCAGGUCCUGCAGCAGCACGUGGAGGCCCUGCGGCAGGAGAGCGAGAGGCUGCAGCUGGCCAACAGCGACCUGCAGCGGCAGCGAGAGCACCUGGAGGACGAGAAGGAGGACAUCGCGAAGGACAAGGAGCGGGCGCAGAAGGAGAUUGAACGCGGCCACAAACAGCUGGAGCAGCUGGAAGUGAAGAAAUCCGGUCUGAAAAAGGAGCUGAUGCUUGUUAAGGAGGCUCUGAACAAAGCCACCCUGGAGAAGGAGGUGUCUGAGAAUGAGAAGGUGGAGGUGGCGGAGGCUCUUUCCAAGGCGGAGGCGGGCCGGGCCGAGCUGGAACUGACCACUAGCAAGCUGAAGGCGGAGGAGGCCUCGCUGCGCGACUCGCUGUCCAAGAUGAGCUCCCUGAACGAGGGGCUGGCCCAGGAUAAAAUCGAACUCAACAGGAUCAUCAGCCAGCUGGAGGAGGAGAAGGUGGCCCUGCUGGGGCAGAAGCAGGAGGUGGAGCAGGAGAAGACCUCGAUCCGCGACGAGCUAGUCCGGCUGGAGCAGGAGAAGCUGGAGCUGGACACGGAGCGGCAGGGCCUACAGCACUCCCUGCAGGAUGGGGAGCGGAGCCGGGAGAGGCUGGAGCGGGAGCUGCUGGCCCUGCAGAAGGAGAGGGUGCAGCUGCAGGAGCAACUGGGGCAGCUGUCCCGCCAGAGGAACGCGGCCGGCGAGGAGCUGGGCCAGGCGCGGCGGGAGCAGGAGCGGCACAGCGAGGCCCUGCUGCGAGCCACCAGGGAGAAGGAGGGGCUGAUGAAGGAGAAGGCCAGCCUGGUGGUGCAGCUGGCGGCGUCAGAGCGGGAGAACAGGGGGCUGGCGGAGGAGAUCGCUGGGCUCCGGUCGGAGAAGGAUGCCUUGGAGACCACCCUCUUUGACAUCCAGCAGCAGCUCGCUCAGCUGGACGCCCGGAAGGAGCAGCUGGAGGCCGACAGCCAGAACCUGCUCCUGGCCAAGGAGAUGCUGCAGGUGGAGCUGGCCAGCGUCCGCAAGCAGAGGGAGGUGGACGUGACCCGGCUGGAGAGGGAUAAGGAGCUGCUGGCUCAGAAGUUGGCUCAGGCGGAGCAGGAGGCCCAGGUCACGCUCAGAAACAAGCAAGCGGCUCACGAGGAGGAUGUCGAUCGGCUCCAGAGGGAGAAGGAGACGGUGCGCCUGGAGUUGGAGUCGGAGCGGGAGGAGCUGCUGCACCGGCUGGGCCACGAGCGGGAGGAGCUGCUGGCCCGCUACGAGGCGGAGAAGGAGGAGCUGAGCGAGGAGAUCACCGCGCUGCAGCAGGAACGGGACGAGAGCCUCCUGCAGGCAGAGAACGAGAAGCAGCAGGCCCUGUCCCUCAAGGAGUCGGAGAAGACCCUCCUGUCGGAGAAGCUGACCAGCGCCCAGCACAGCCUCGCCAGCGUGACCGUGGAGAUGGAGCGGCAGAAGCGAGAGGCCAUGAGCCGGCAGGAGCAGGACCGGAGCACCGUCAACGCCCUGACCUCGGAGCUGAAGAGCUUGCGGGUGCAGUUGGAAGAAACCGUCGCGGCCCACGAGCGGGAGGCCCGGGGGCUGCAGGAGCAGGUCAAGGAGCUGGCCAGGCAGCGGGAAUGCACCCUCCGCGAGGUGGAGGAGCUGAAGACCCAGCUGCGCAUGGUGGAGGAUGCCCGGGACAGCAUCCGGCGGGACGUGAUCGAGGCCCACCGGAAGGUGCGGGAGAGCCAGGAGGACCACGAGAUCCAGAGGAAGGACAUCCUGGACCUGCGGCGCAGCCUGAGUGACGAGGCCAAGGAAAAGGAGGCCCUGCAGAGAUCCAACCAGGAGCUGCGGGCUGCCAUCAAGCGAGCGGAGAGCGACCGCAUCAGCCUGAAGCGGGCCAACGAGGAGAAGGAGCAGAAGCUGUCCAUCCUGGAGGAGGCGCGGGCGGCCGUGGGCAAGGAAGCUGCCGACCUGCGGGGCAGCCUGCAGGAGGUGGAGCGAUCGCGUCUGGAGGCCCGCAGGGAGCUGCAGGAGCUGAGGCGACAGAUCAAGAUGCUGGACAGCGAGAACACCAAGAAGAACAAGGAGGUGGCAGAGCUGCAGGCCCGGGUGGCACUGGACGAGCAGCGGGAGGAGGAGAAUCGGCGGGAAUCCUUCGGCCUCAAGCAGAAGAUCGUGGAGAGCGAAGCCAGCAGGGAGUCCGCCAGGAAGGAGCUCCACAACCUGCAGCGGAAGCUGUCAGAGCAGGAGGGCGAGUUCCGGGUGCGGGAGAAGGACCUCCUGGGCAGCCUGGAGGAGGCCCGCGGCAAUGAGAAGAAGCUGCUGGACAACGCCCGCAACCUGGAGAUCAAGUUGGAGAACGCGCAGGCCGAGGCGGCGGAGCUGAGCCUCCGGCUGAGCGCCGCCGAGGGCCGCGCCCACGGCCUGGAGGCCGAGCUGGCUCGAGUGGAGGGCUUGAAGCGGGACGUGGAGUUCAAGCUGGGGAGCCUGCAUUCUGCCCUGAGGCGCACCAUGGGCAUCAGCCGGGGCGGCCGGGCCCCCAGCCCAGCCAUCAGGGGGCGUAGCAGCUCCCCCAAAAGAUACUUCUCCCCUACCAAAGGUGACAACGCGUACAGCACCACGGACGGGCGCGGCAGCCCCACCCCACGGGCGGGCAGCCCCAGCUCGCGCCCUCUGUCUCCGGAGCGCGCCCUCUCGCCCGGCUGCAGCGAGCAGCUGGUGGCAGAUAUCGACCCUGAAGUGGUGCGGGCCGCCCUCCGGGACUUCCUGCAGGAGCUGCGGGAGACGCAGCGCGAGCGGGAAGAGCUGCGGGCCCAGCUGGGCAGCCUGACCCGCCAGCUGGCCGAGAUGGAGUCCGAGCAGGACAGCGCCAGCACCCGAGUGCAGCAGCUGCAGAAGCUAGUGACUGAAAGCGAGGAAGGGAGGCGCAGCGCGGACGGCAAGCUGACCAGCGCCCAGACCGCCCUCCUGCUGCAGGAGGAGACCCUCCGCCGCAACGACCGGGAGCGCAAGGCAUUGAUGGACAAGGUGACGGCGCUGGAGCGGAGUCUGCAGUCGGCAGACAGCGACCGGCGAACCACCCAGGAGAAGAUCAGCAAGAUGAAAGCCAACGAGGCCAAGCUGGAGAAUGACAAGCGGCGCCUGAAGGAGAUCCUGGACGCCUCGGAGAGCCGCUGCACCAAGCUGGAGCUGCUGCGGCGCUCGCUGGAGGGGGAGCUGCAGCGGGUGAAGCUGGUGCUGAGCGACCGCGAGAUGGAGAUCCAGGUGCUACAGGACCGCGGUGACACGCUGCAGAGACAGGUCACCGACAGCGAGACGAAGGCCAACGCCCUGCAGCUGUCCGUGGAGCGACUGCACCUCACCCUGGCCAAGGCCGAGGAAGGCGAGAGCGCCCUGAAGGACAAGGUGCAGGGCCUGGCCCUGUCUCUGUCGGAGAGCAGCGCCAGCGCCGGCGCCACCCAGGAGAAAGUGCUCCAGCUGCAGAAGGCGCUGACAGCCAGCGAGCAUGACCGCCGCGUGCUGCAGGAGCGGCUGGACGCUGCCCGCCAGGCGGUCUCGGAAGCCAAGAAGCAGAACAGCGGGCUGGCGGACCGAGUCCAGGUGCUGAAAACCGAGCAGGUAGAGCUGGAGCUGCAGAAGGAGGAGCUCGAAGGGCAGGUCCGGCAGCAGCAGGAGCUGCUGCGCCAGUGCCAGGAGAGCGAGAGCGCGGCCCUGCGGAGCCUGCCAAAGCUGCAGGAGGACAAGCGCCUGCUGCAGGAGCGGCUGGGCAGCCUGCAGCGGGCGCUGGCCCAGCUGGAGAGCGAGAAGCGGGAGGUGGAGCGCUCCUCCCUGCGGCUGGAGAAGGACAAGAUGGCCCUGAAGAAGACCCUGGACAAGGUGGAGCGCGAGAAGCUGAAGACGCACGAGGACUCGAUGCGGCUGUCGGCGGAGAAGGGCCGGCUGGACCGUUCCCUCAACACGGUGGAGCAGGAGUUGGCAGAGGCUCAGCGACAGAUCCAGCUGCUCGAGGAGAACCUAAGCAUGGUUAGAAGGACGCUAACGUGUUCCUGGGCUCAGGUAGCGGAGAUGGAGCAGACCCAGUCCCAGAGCCUGGUGGAGACGGCCACCCGCCACCGGCAGGAGCUGCAGCUGGAGAUCGAGCGGCUGCGCGGCUCCCAGCUGCAGGCGGAGCGCACGCUGGAGGCCAGGGAGCGCGCGCACAGGCAGCGCGUCAAGGGGCUGGAAGAGCAGGUGAGCUGCUGGACAUUGACUAGCUGCGAGCUCCCCUGCCGCCAGGGUCCCUACAGCGCCCCCUGCUGGGAGAGGCUGGGACUGGAGCAGCUGUAA